AUGAACUUCAAAGCAAUUGCUCUCGCCUCUCUCGCUGCCUUGGUCGCCGCUGCACCAACCAACGAACAACCAGUCAAUGAAACUGCACCAGUCUCAAAGAGAUCUGACGAUACUUAUAACAACAUUGCCACCUGGUACAACGCUGAGACAGGCAACAGAGGUGCCUGUGGAGACUGGCUCUCCAACAACGAUAGAUUCGUAGCAGUAUCUUACGAUAAUCCAAUCCCAUGCGGGCAAUGGGUGGGUUUCAACGUCAACGGAGUUACCAGUUACGGAAAAGUAGUUGAUAAGUGCCCAUCAUGCGCUUGGAACCACUACGACAUGUCUCUUGCGCUCUUCCAAGACUUUGAUCAAUUAUACAAGGGCGAGAUCUACGAUAUUUGGUCAUGGCACGUCGACAGCUGGGUUGACCCAUCAACUCUCUUCUAG